GCAGAGUUGCUGUAUGAGCACCUUCGCGAUGACCACGUUGGUAGAAAGGCUCACCAUAAUUUGUGUCUAACUUGUCGUUGGGACAAGUGCAACGUACCAGCUUUUGCAAAGCGAGAUCAUAUCACAUCCCAUCUUCGGGUCCAUGUGGCCUCAAAACCCUACCGCUGUGAGAUUUGCAACAAGGGUUUCAAGCGACCUCAGGAUCUCAAAAAACACGAAAAAAUUCAU